AUGAAUAAUUGUUCGAUUGGUAUUGAACAAUGUUCACAUAUUGAUGAAAAUAAUAUACAAAAAGCUAAUAUUUAUCUUCGUCAUCUACCAUUUCAUGAAACAAUUCCACAACAAGCAUGCUCUUUCUUCGAAGAAAUUCGAGAAAAUCUUUCACGUACAAUUCAAGUCAGUGAAUUUUACCCUGGUUUUAUAAUAUGGUCAAGAAAAUUAAAAGAAUUUAUUUCACUUUAUGGAUUAUAUUUUUCUAAAGAAGAUCAUUUAAAACUUAUUCAAUUCUAUUUAUCUCUUAUUUCAACAACUGAUUUAAGUUAUUCAGAUGCAGAAAGUUGUUUUGAUUUACUCACAGAUCUUUUACAAAAGACUCAAUUAAUUACUCGAGAUGAUUUAACAAUUGAUUGGCAUAUAUUUUAUCAAUGGACAAAAAUUGUUCAAAAUAAUAAAUAUAAAACUUAUACAUUAGUUACAUUGCCAAAAAAUUUUGAUAUAUCAAUACUUUCAUGUGCAUUAGUUUGUUCUCCAUAUUUUUCUGUGCGAGCUACUCAAGAAAUUCUUGAUGAAAUUCGUCCACAAUUGUGUCCUCUUGAUCCACAUUCUAUGUCUCAUUCUAUGAAAAUAUUUGAUUAUUUUUUACCUGUUCAACUUCCAUUAGAAUUACAUGAUCAAGGAUUUAAAUUAUGGUUAUCAGAAUUUUUCAAUAUUUGGGAGAAUAUCAAUAAUGAAACUCCAUGGGAAUUAUAUUUAGUGAAUAUAUUUUGUCGACUUUCAUGGUAUAAUAUUGGUUAUAUUGAUUGGGAACAAUGGUUACCUAAGAUAUUUACACAUAUUCUACGAGGUUUUUCGUUACCUAUUGGUAAAAUUCAAAAAACAAUAAAAAAAUAUAGUUAUUCAAUGGGAGAUAUAACACAAUGGAUUGUUGCAAUGAUAGGAAAUCAAAGUUCAUGUCUUGAAUAUUUAAAAGAUUUAUUAAUUGCUAUAAAAACUUUUUAUAAUCCAUCAAAUACGGGAUAUUUUCAACAACAACUUGUUGAUUUUCUUUUCAAUCUUGCUCAACAUUUUAUUAAUCGUGUUCAUUUAGAAAGUCAAUCUCCAUCUGUUUGGUUCUUCGUACCACAUGAAUCGUAUCGACUUACUCAACAAGAUAUUACAGAUUUUGUUAAUACUAUUAAAGAAUAUGUAUUUAUAUCAAUAUUUAAUAAGGAUCAUUGGGAAAAAGCAGCUGAAACAUGUCAAUAUCUUUCAAUACUUCGACCAGAACUUAUUGUACCACCAAUUGUUGAUAAACUUUUUUCAUCUAUUGAUGAAAUUGUUGAAGCUCAUCGUUUUACAUCACUUAUGUAUUGUGUAACACGUAUAAGUCGUCAAUUAGUACGACAAACAUCAUCAUAUUCUCAUGGCCAAACAUAUGUUUUACCAUUAUUAAUGUCUGUAUUACCUGGUAUUGAUGUAAAUGAUAUAGAAAAAACAUCAAUUACAGUUGAUUUUCUUGAUGCAAUUCUUAUGCUUAUAACAUGUAUUGAUUGUUCAUCAGCAGUUGAUAUUCGAAAUGAUCUUAGUGAAAUUGAAAAAGAAGUUUGUAGAUCAACUGGAUUAUUUGAAGAAUUUAUUACGCGAUUUCUUGAUGAAAUAUUUGAAAUAAUUUUAAAUUUAUCAACAGAUUUUACAGAUACAUCGACUAUUGAUGAAGAUUCAACAGAAUAUUCUAUUUUUCAAAAGAAACUUCUAUCAAUCAUUACAAGUAUUGUUCAACAAUGUAGUAGUAACAUUUUUCAAAUAGUUCGAGAGAAGAUAACACGUUUUGUAACUGGUUCAAUAUUUUCAUCAAAAGUAAGAUCAUUAGUUGUUGGUCUUGUUCGAGCAAUUGUUAAAUGUCAUCCAGAAGAAACAUUAAAAUAUUUAUUACCACAAACAUGUCAAAGAAUUGAAAAGAUUUUUAAUGCCAAAAUAGAAGAUAAUUUAUUAAAUGAUCAUAAAGGUGAUCAAGAAUUAACUUGGAAUUUAUGUUUAUUUUCUGAACUUGUUCAAGCUCGUGGUGAUAUUUUAAUUAUUUAUAAAGAUAUUAUUCAAAAUUGUUUACAUAGUUCGAUUAAAAUUCUUCAUAUUGAUUCAUAUGAAAUAAUUGCUCUUGCAAUAAAACAUUUACUUCAAUCACUUUUAUAUAUUUAUCCAAUUGAAUAUUCUUUAAUUGUACAAAAUCUUGAUGGAUCAUUUAUUGAUUUCUUACCUAUUCGAACAUGGGGACAAAGUGUUGAUUUUGAUCAAAUUAAAGUUCAAUAUCAUAUUCCCAAUAUGAAUCAAAUUAAUUUUGCUUGUGAUUUUAUUAAUGAUUUUCUCUAUGCCGAAUUAUCAUUAUUAAAUAAAACAGAUUCACAAUUAUCAAAAGAAGAACGACGACGAUCAUUAACUAUUAUUCGUUCUAUAGUCAUUGGAUGUUUUCGUAUAAUACCACGGAUUGAAAGUAAACAAAUAGAAGAUUUACCUCAAUCAAUGACAUCAUAUGAUUCACAAUCUCAAAGUCGAUAUUCAAUAUAUUAUCAAAAUUUAAAAACAAAAUUUCAAGAGAAUUUACGAAUGCGUCUACUUAUCGAUAUUGGAAAAUUACUUGAUAAACUUAUUGAAAAUCAAUCGGAUGAUGUUCUAUCAAUACGAGAAGCUCUCACUAUUUGUGUAUUAUCAUCGGAAUAUUAUGGAAUAUUUACUCAUGAUAUUGAUCAAAUGCGUCAAGAUAUUCAAUCAAUAACAAAAUUAGUUCAAAAUCAAAUUGUUGGUAAAAAAGAUUAUCCUCGAUUUUUAACUAUUAAACAAAUUCAAUUACAAAUUGAAGAAUUUGAAUUACAAAAUUUAAGAAUAUUAAAUGAAAUUGAUAAAGAAAUUGGAUUGAAAUUAUUUUAUUUAUCAAUUAGUCAAUAUAGAGAAGUUCGUAUUAAAGCACAAGAAGAACUUUUUCAUUUUGUUGAUCAUUAUAAUUUAUCAUGGACUAUUUUUCUCGAUCAUAUUAUUGAAUUAUUUAAUAAUUCAAAUAAUACAAAUCAUCAUAAAAUCAAAGGUUGUCUUUAUAUUCUUCUUGGUAAUCAAAAAUUCUUUUUACCAUUGAAACAUUCGUGGAUAAUGAUGGAAAAAUUAUGGCCAUUAAUUGUUCGUUUAAAUCAUACAAAUAAACUAAGUAUUCAAAAUUUAAUAAAAUCCAUUCAACGAAGAAUUGAAAAUGAAUUUAAAAGUCAGUCACUUAUUUAUAAAAUUGAUAAUCAAUCUCAAUCUGUAGCUACUCAUUUAUGGCGUCAAUUAGAAACAAAUGAAAUAGAAAUUGGUAAUGAAAUACGUGAAAAACGUCAGAAAAUUAAUUUUCAAUCUUAUUAUAAUUUAAUUGAUACACUUAAUUUAUUACUUCGAGAAGAAAUUUUAACAUGGGGACAAAAAAAGAUUGCAAUGUCAUUUUUAUGUUUACUUAUUCGAAAAGAUACAACAAUAUCAUUAUCAACUAUUGAAAUAUCUGUUGAUUUUCUUAUUCAUGAUAAUGCAGAAUUACGACAAUAUGCAUUCAAAAUUGUUACAGCUUUAUGUCAUUUACAAAAACCAGAUCGAAUAUAUGUUGAAAAAUCAAUUGAUGAAAUAAUUGAUAAUAGAAAUGAAAAAUAUGACGGAGGUGAACGUGAUGAUAAUUUAUGGGUAACAUUUAAUGAUUAUCAACCACCUAAAAGUCAAAAUGAAUGGGAACAAACAUGUUUUUUAAAUAAAACAUUUUAUGGUUAUUAUCAAUGGCCUAAAAUAAUAAAAUAUACAGUAAAUAAACGAGAACGUUAUAAUUCGAAUCAUUUGUCACAACAAGUAUCAAUUAUUUUUAAUCGUUUCAUUGAUAAAAAUUUUGUAAUUCAAUUGAUAAAAGUCAAUGUUAAUAAUGAAGAUAUAAUUAAAUUCGAUAAAAGUCGAUUUUCAAUGUUUAAAAGUCUUUUUCGUAAUUUUGGUCUUUCAUUUUUUUCAAGUUUUCUUGAACAAUUAUAUUUACUUAUUCAUCGAAAGAUACAUGAAAAACAAGAACAUCGAUUAGCAGCUGAAAUUGUAGCUGGAAUGAUUCGUGGUUCAAAAUAUUGGACAUUAGAUAUGCUUGAUGAAUUUUGGCAUAAAUUAACAUUAUUUCUUAAUGAAGUUUGUGUUAAUCUUAGUCCUGAUUUGUUCAUUUAUUGGGGUUUAUGUUUUCAACAUAGCAUGGAAAAUCAAGAUCCUCGUCGAGUAUUUCAAACAAUUAAUUUCAUUCGUAGAUUGAUCGAUAAUCAACCAAUAAUCAAUACAUUCAAUGAAGCAUUUCGAUGGUAUCUUGUUCAAAGUUUAGCAGUUUUUCAAUGGCGUAUACCAUCUGUUUGGUGUACUAUCUAUGAACGAGCUAAAGAAUUACUUGAUCAUCCAUCGAAAUUGAUACGACAAAUGAUCGCUACUGUAUUACCAAUAGCAUUACAAUUCGAUUUGACAUCAUUUCAUGGAAAAUCAACACGUCAUCCAACUAUCAAUCAAUUUAUCGAUGAAAUGCAUCAACGAUUAGAUCAAGCUAUAAUAAUUUGUGAAAGAAAAUCUCUAAUUAAUCAUAUUGCUGAAACUGGUAUCAUGGAUGAUGAAGUUCAUCAAGCAUUGAAUUUGAUCGAAUUAGUUGUUGCAAUACAAGGACAAUUAUUCGCUACAUGUAAUCAACCAAUUAAAGAUACAACUGUUCGCAUGUUUUCCUACUUUUGUGAAAUUGGAAAUAUAAUGGCUAAUAAUAAUGAUGGAUUUAAAAAUCAUUUAAUAGAUAUUCGAACAUAUAUUGGUAUGGCUUAUUUACAUGAAAAUUUAUUAGAAUUACUUAUUGAACAACUUGAAUAUGUAUGUACAAUAAAUAAAUGGAAUGCACGUCAAGCCGCAAUAGAAUUUAUUCAAUAUUUUGUUUUUUCGAAUUUAUUUAAUAUUCGUCUCCAUGCUCAACGAUUACAUAAACUUGUAUUAAAAUCUUUAUUGGAUGAACGAUUAGAAGUACGAUUAAUGGCAUCAAUGACUCUAGCAGGUUUCUAUCAAUGUACUUUUAUUCCUGUUAAUGAUACUGAUUUGAAAUAUUUUCGAUCAAUGAGUAAAACAACAUAUUUUACAAUUACGAACGGUGAAAAAAUAAUAUCUACAAAAGAUAUUAUCAAAAGACAUGCCGGAAUUUUGGGUUUAUGUGCUAUUGUUCUAGCGAAUCCAUAUGAUAUUCCAACGUAUGUACCAGAUACAUUAAUGAUUCUUUGUGAACAUUCACAUGAUCCUCAUAUGAUACAACGAUCUAUAAAACAAUGUUUAUCUGAAUUUCGUCGUACACAUCAUGAUUCUUUGCAUGAACAUCGAAUCAAAUUUACUGGUGAUCAACUUGGAAUUUUAGCUGAUGUACUUAUUUCACAUAAUUAUUAUGUUUGA